UUUAAUUGUGGAUUCUUUUUUCAUCAACUGGUUUGUUUUACUCCGUCAGCUGGUGUCUGUUUUUAUUUAAUUGACCUUCUUUUUUUGUUUAUUAAGAAUGAGUUUUCAGUUCCGUUGUCUUGUUUUGCUGUGGCGGAAUUCGCGUAUAUUUUUGUCUAAUUAUCCUUUCUUUUCUGCUCAGUCGUUGCUCAUUUUCUGUUUGUGUUUUACCGUUGAUUGCCAGGUCUUUCUGCUCGUCUGUCAUUUUUCUCCUGGCUGGAUGCCAUCUGCUUGCUCCCCGUUUCCAUUGAUUUUCUGUCUGACUUCUGUCGUCAUGACCGCCUCUGCCCCACGCAGCUUCGCGGGGUGCUUGGCCUAUGCGCCAGGGCCAUGCGACCGGGCCGCACCGAUAUACUAGGAGCCCCGCAAUAAACUCUGAGCCCUUUUCAACAACCAGCAGCCGAAGAAAACAAUCACAGAAUAGAAAAAAAGGAUUGGGAGCAAAAAACCAGGCACACAAAAUGCAAGCCUAUAAAGAGCAAACCAGAAAAACGAACAGAAAAGGCGCUGCUUCCAGGCGG